UUAGUUCCCCGGGGAAGGUCGUACGGAGUGAUGCAGUCUCUCCAGAUGGUAACGAUAGUGGUUUCGGUGGUCGUAGUGUUGGUUUGCCGUGCGGUACCGGGUUUCGGUCAGACGCAUUCGGAUGACGCAAUUUCGGAUGAAGUGUCGGGUGUGCAAACCAUUAUCGACAGUAUCGGAAGUUUACUACUAAACUCAGCACUGAAAAAUUCGACGAAAUGUGAUGUGCAACUGCAGGCAGCCCUAGUAAAUAGCAGUUCGUGGGCUUUUCCGAUGUUGGACGCCUGGGGUAAGAUUCCGUCGGGAAUUUUCGAGGGCAAUUUCUACGAUCUUGGCAGUUUCGAAGAAUGCAGAAAAUUUUCCUACGACACUAACAACGAGACACUAGGCGAAAUACGCGGCCAGUACUGCCUUCUGUCGAUUCCGUUCAAUCUUGAUAGCAACCGUGCGGUAAAAAAUGGUGCUCCCAUCGAUGUUCGAGGUUUCCCUAGCAACUCGAACAAGCCGGCUUUGAGAAUAGGCACGUGUUUUCCGGAUACCUGUGAUGGCGAAUAUCUGUCUGCGUGGGUGAAGAAUGUUACGGCUACUAUGAAUUUCACUUCAGAUUUGAAGAUCACAUGUACGGAAUCGGUGCCAGAUAUGGGCGCAAAGGAAAUUGUUGCUAUCGUGAUUUUCAGUCUCAUCGCCUGUUUGAUAGUGCUGAGUACCGCGUACGAAGUGUUCGCUCUGGCAAAUAAUCGUGAACCUAAUCCGUCGCUGGCAAUGGGUUCCCUCUACACGAGCGGAAUCAAACUAUUUCAGAUGGCGAAACGUCCUCCGGCUGCGGCACAGCAAAAAUCCGAAUUGAUUGACUGUCUGAACGGAAUCCGCGUACUUUCGAUGGUGUGGAUUAUUUUCUGCCACAAUUAUUUGAUGUUGAUUGCUUCACCGCUGGACAACGCGAUUGCCAUUUACGAUUGGAUUAAAUCCUACCACAGCAUGUUGGUGGCGGCGGCUACGGUGUCCGUGGAUUCUUUUUUCGUGCUGAGCGGAAUGCUCGUCUGCUGGAGUAUCAUGAAAGAGUUGGAGAAGAAGCGGAAGCUAAACCUCCCACUGAUGUACGUUCACCGGUAUCUGCGCCUGACGCCGGCCCUGGCAGCACUGGUGCUGCUUUCUGCUACCCUUCUGAAGUAUUUCGGAUCGGGACCGUUCUGGAGUGGGUCAGCAGUGGCAACAUUAAGUGACCCGUGCGAAAAGUACUGGUGGUCAGCACUGUUGUACGUGCAGAACUACGUUAAUCCGACGGAGAUCUGUCUGGGUCACACUUGGUACCUGUCGGUGGACAUGCAGCUUUACGUCCUGUCACCGUUGAUUAUUUACCCUUUGUGGCGAUGGGGUCGCAAAAUUCUGAUCGCAAUCGUCAUUCUGAUUCUACUGUCCAUGGGAUGCGUUUUUGCAACGUACCGAGUAAACGAUCUUCGGCUAGCCUACGUAGCUGCCGGUCAGAAGGCAAAUCGGAUGGCUCUCACGUACUAUCCGACCCACAUCCGAAUGGCAGCCUGGUUGGUUGGGGUCAUUCUUGGCUACGUGUUGCAUCAAACGAAGGCUCGUCGGGUACGGAUUGGGAAGAUUGUUGUGUUUGUCGGGUGGCUCGCUUCGGGUGUGGCUAUGGCUGCUAUCCUUUUUGGUGAUUAUCCUCUUCAGCAACCGGAUACCUACUCGAAACAUCCGGCCACCGUCGAUGCCAUCUACGAGUCAACCAAUCGGGUCAUUUGGGCCUGUUGUAUCAGCUGGAUCGUGUUUGCGUGCGUCAACGGGUACGGAGGACCCGUCAAUAGCUUCCUAAGUUUGUCGGCUUGGCAACCGCUGGGCCGACUUUCGUACAGUAUGUAUUUGCUGCACUUUCCAACGCAAGUCAUGAUGACCGGAACGCUGAAAAGCACGGCCCACUUCAAUGACAUUGAUGCAGUUCACAAAUUCUGGGGUGACUUUGGUUUCACUGUUACCCUGGCGACGGUGUGGUGUUUGUUGUUCGAGUCCCCAAUUGUUGGACUGGAAAAGUUACUGUUUGGAACGCGAAGGAAACCCAGUGAUUCGAAAGCAUUAGUGAAGGAACAGCAUUCCAGAGAAAUCGUUCCACGUUCGACGACAAUUUGAUGUAAACUGAAAAUAAAUCGAUUCCGAUAGCGAAAUACG